CUUGUACUUUUCUUCUUGGCUUCCAAUCUUCCAGCUCUCCAUUUUGGACAGUGAAGCAAAAAGUCGCAAAAGUUGCCAAGUCUUAAUAGCCGUCUCUCUUUAAUUCCCUUAACGGAUCAAUAGGGACAUAUUAUAUUCUUGUCCUUUCUUAUAUUUCCAAGAAAAUAAAGAAAAAAAUCUCAUCUCUCUGUUUCUGUGGGUCUUUCCGCUUUCUCCUUUUGUUAAAUUCUUGAAAAAAGAGGAAGUGAAAAAGACAGAGUCUUUAAAUAUUUGGGUUUUUUGGGAAUGGUACAGAAAGUUAAAGUUGACCAAGCGUUGAGAAUUUGGAUACUGUAGAUAGUCGCAUUUUUUAGAUGGUGAAGAAAAAGAGAGCAAGUUCUUUGGAUGUGAGGGGAGUUUUGGGUUUCUUGAAUCAGUUGAUUGCUGAUAAGCCAUUUCUUCCAGUUGUAAUUCCUGUAUUUUUAGUUGUUUGGGGUAUAGAGAAGUGGUUUUUCUCUCUCACUAACUGGGUUCCUCUAGCUCUGGCUAUCUGGGCAGUUUUUCAGUAUGGAAGUUACCAGCGCAAACUUCUUGCAGAAGACUUGGAUAAGAAAUGGAUGCAAGUGUUGCGAGAGACAUCACCAACAACACCUCUGGAGCAGUGUGAGUGGCUGAAUAAGCUAUUAAUUGAAGUUUGGCCUAAUUAUAUUAGCCCGAGGCUUUCUUUGAGGUUCUCUUCUAUUGUCGAGAGACGCUUGAAACAACGAAGACCGAAGUUGAUUGAAAAGAUUGAAUUACAAGAAUUUUCACUUGGUUCUAAACCUCCACUUUUAGGGCUUCGUGGGAUACGCUGGUCAACUUCCAAUGAUCAGCGAAUUGCGCAUCUUGGUUUUGACUGGGACACUACCGAUAUAAGUAUCAUGUUGCUUGCCAAGUUGGGAAUGCCAUUAAUGGGGACUGCUCGGAUAGUUAUCAACAGUAUCCACAUCAAUGGUGAUCUCCGGUUAGUGCCAGUUCUAGAUGGAAGAGCAUUUUUAUACUCAUUCGUGACGUCCCCGGAUGUUAGGAUAGGUGUUGCGUUUGGAAGUGGUGGAAGCCAAUCUCUUCCAGCAACUGAGCUGCCAGGUGUUUCUGCAUGGCUGGUUAAACUUGUUAAUGACUCCUUAGCUAAGAGGAUGGUUGAACCUCGUCGUAAUUGUUUUUCUUUGCCCGCGGUGAAUUUAUUCAAAAGGGCUGUCGCCGGUGUACUCUCGGUCACCGUGAUAUCUGCCAGCAAAUUGUCAAGGAGUAACUUAAGGACUGUCCCUUCUAGGAAACAACAGAGCUCAACUACAGAUAAUUAUAUGGAGAAUUCUAAUGAUUACAAGGAUUUGCGGACGUUUGUUGAGGUUGAAGUUGAAGAAUUAACCAGGAGGACAGAUGUCAAACCAGGAUCCUGCCCUAGAUGGGACUCAAAGUUCAAUAUGACUCUACACGAGGAUGCAGGAACAAUUAAGUUCAAUUUAUUUGAAUGCACUCCUGGUAGUGUAAAGUAUGACUAUCUGACAAGCUGUGAAAUAAAGAUGAGAUAUGUUGCAGAUGAUUCAACAAUAUUUUGGGCGACGGGAGCUGACUCCACUGCUAUAGCGGGGCGUGCUGACUUUUGUGGUAAAGAAAUUGAAAUGACGGUUCCAUUUGAGGGAAUUAAUUCAGGGGAGUUGACAGUGAAACUCGUCUUAAAGGAAUGGCAAUUUGCUGAUGGUUCACAUAGCUCAAAUGGUUUGCCUAUCAGCUCUCAGCCUUCACUCAAUGGCACAUCAAGUUUUCUACCUAGAACAGGAAGAAAAAUCUAUGUGACAAUAGUUGAAGGAAAAGAUCUUCCGUCAAAAGAUAAAUUUGGAAAGCCUGGUUCUGGCUGUUAUGUGAAAUUCCAGUAUGGGAAGGCUCUCAAAAGAUCGAGAACUGUUCCACAUACUUCAGAUCCUAUCUGGAAUCAGAAGUGUGAGUUUGAUGAAAUAGGUGGCGGUGAAUAUCUGAAGAUAAAAUGCUUCAUUGAGGAGAUGUUUGGAGACGAGAACAUUGGUAGUGCACGAGUAAACUUAGAAGGACUUACAGAAGGUGCCCUAAGGGAUGUGUGGAUUCCUCUUGAAAAAGUGAAUUCUGGAGAAUUGCGGCUCCACAUUGAAGCAGUCAAAGUUGAGGACUAUGAAGGAUCCAAGGGUUUAACUUCAAAUGGUUGGGUUGAACUUGCUCUCAUUGAGGCAAAAGACCUUGUUGCUGCUGAUCUCCGAGGAACCAGUGAUCCUUAUGUGAGGGUACAAUAUGGGAACUUGAAGAGAAGAACUAAGGUUAUGUAUAAAACUUUGAGUCCUCAGUGGCACCAGACGUUAGAAUUUCCUGAUGAUGGGAGUCCCCUGGAGUUGCAUGUUAAGGACCACAACCAUUUACUACCAACAUCAAGUAUAGGUGAUUGUGUUGUUGAGUACCAGAGGUUGCCGCCAAAUCAAAUGUUUGACAAGUGGAUACCCCUUCAAAAUGUAAAGAAGGGAGAGAUCCAUAUUCAGAUCACACGCAAAGUACCCGAUCUGGAAAAAAAAUCAAGCCUGGAUUCUGAGUCCUCAGUAACCAAAGCACGCCGCCAAAUUUCUAACCAGAUGAAGCAAAUGAUGAUCAAGUUCCAGUCUUUAAUAGAAGACGAUGAUCUCGAAGGACUUUCAGCAUCAUUGCAUGAAAUGGAAAGCCUACAUGAAACACAAGAAGAGUUUAUGGUCAAGCUUGAGACUGAACAAACACUUUUGCUCAACAAGAUAAAUGAACUUGGCCAGGAAAUUAUUAAUUCAUCACCUUCCUUGGCUUUGGAUAGAAGAACUACUAUGCAUUGAACAAACUGCAAACCUCAUUGGUAUCUUUUAUUUGUUUGUUAAUAUUCGAUUCUCCCACUAGAUAGGUAAUAGGCCCCUGUAAUCAUCUUGUUGAAUUUUUCAAGCUGUAUAAUUGAUCAAUCCUGUAUAUUAACUGGAAGAAAAUACAUUCAUGCUUCCCAUAAUAGAACAGCAGGUUAACUUUUUGUAAUUGUAAUGCAAAGACAUUGAAAAAUCAGUUUCUCUUUUGGAUGAAAUACGUUACGUUUGUAUUACAA